AUGGUUCUUGUUGUUCGCACUGAUCUUGGUAUGACUAAGGGGAAAAUUGCUGCUCAGUGUGGCCAUGCUACCUUGGCUUGCUAUAAAGCUAUUCAAAAAUCAAAUCCUGCUGUUUUACGAAAAUGGGAGCGAUCAGGCCAAGCUAAGGUGGCUUUGAAAGCUGUCAGUGAAGAACAAUUACUUGAAUUGCAAGCGAUGGCACUUAGUUUGAAUAUUACUGCUCAAAGCAUUUGUGAUGCUGGUCGUACUCAAAUUGCUGCUGGAUCUCGAACUGUUCUUGGUGUUGGUCCUGGUCCCGUAGAAUUAUUGAAUCAAGUUACUGGACAUUUGAAAUUGUUAUAA